AUGUCAGAUGAUGAAAGGCAGGGCAUAGACGAGCCAGCGGUUGAGGAGCCAGCGGUUGAGGAGCCAGCGGUUGAGGAGCCAGCGGUUGAGGAGCUGACUAUAGAAGAAACUGCCAUUGGAGAGACAAAGGUAGACAACAACACAGCAGAUACAGCUGGCGGGAAGCGAACAGAUGAGACACACGAGGAUACAAAUGUGGGAAACACUGUCAAUGAUGAACCAGAGAAAGACAAUGACGACGAUGACUUUGGAUCAUUCUCUGAUGCAUCCUUCGACGAAUUUGAGGAACCCCCAGAGAACACGUCCGUACAGCAACCAGAAUCCGAGAAGAUAGCGUCUCUCCUACUAUCGUCAUAUUCUGACAGGGAUAAGUUGAUCACUAUAAUAGAUGAACUGACUCUGCAAACGUUUCCGGAUCAACUGCCUACUUUUACUAUACCAGAGGACACGUCAAUACUGAAUCCAAGGUCUCAGCAUUUACUUGAAAGACUAAUAGCACCACCUCAUUUGAAGCCUUACAAUUGGAAAACAGGGUCGUUGAGGAGACAGCUUCUGAUGACACUUGGGCUUCCUGAUGAUACUAUCCAGAAAAAAGAGAGGGAAAAUGGAUUCGACAUGUCCACUUAUGUCGUUAAGACCUUAGAGCAACUGCACAUUGAUGAUGGCCAGAAGAAGAAAAUGCUCGAGGAAACCAAUACCAAAUUUGCAGAGAUUGGCAACGUUAUUACAGCAGAUGAUCUCUUGGAAAUGAAUGAUAAGGAAUUGCAAAUGGCCAUAGAGAAACUGGAAAUACAGGUCUCCAUGGUGGAGAAAUACUUGGCUGUUUGGGAUGAUGAAAAGACCAAAUUAGAGGAGGAUAGAAAGACAUUUGAAAGCGUUGUCGAGAAUUUAGUGGGCCAUACCCAAAGGUUAAGACGUGAAGAGACAAUGAAAUCUUUAAAGAAGGAAAAGGAAAAGAGCAAACUGAACAGUUUAUUCAAGUUAAAGAAGAACUAGGUAGAGGUCCAAUGGAUAAAGGAGAGAUAAAAAAAGAAAACAGAAAUCUAUAGUAAUCAUCAUCAUUAAAAAAAGAUAAACAAAAUGU